GCAGAAACAUGGCGUCCAUCACCUGACUCAAAAGUUUUGACGUGACAAACUUUUUGAACUAAUAUGCCUUUCACACUCCUGGCAGCUGCUUUCAGGACAGUAGUUCUGCUGCAUUUUAAAUCCGCACCGGACACUAGAUGAAAGAAUACAAAGACCGACCGUCAAGAUGUAAAUAUGCUGACGCUUCGCUGCUAGCUAACAGUUGCUAAGUUAGCUACUUUCAAAAGUUCCUGGCAACUUUGUUAAGUUGUCGCGGGAUUUGAAAUAUUAUAACGGACAGAUAAACUGACUGUACCUGCUAAGGGUCAGUUUUUUUGGGUUGGGACAUUUUGUUUUUCGUUUCAAAAUGUGUCGUUUUCUACGCUACUGUGUCAGCCAUUGCCUGCACGCGGCCAUGACCCGGCUGGAUGAGGUCAACGGAGAGGUGAGCGUGUGGUCGUCUGUCCGGUGGCUGGGCUACCUGUCCAGCCUUAACCUGCUCGUAGCCCUGUGUCUGGGUCUCUAUGUCCAGUGGGAGAGCACCGCGGAGUCCACCCUCCUUGUCAUUUUUGUCCUGGCUGUGCUUGUCUUCGGCACGGCGAGUGUACUGUACUACUACUUCAACAUGGAGAAGCUCAGCCUGAGCCUCCUCCACCUGUGGUUCGGCUUCCUGCAGGGUCUGCUCUGCUUCCUCAACAGUCCCACCCUAGAGAGCGACGCCAGGGCGCAGGCGGCCAACUACCUGCUGCUGAGCAGCGUGACCCUGAGGACGCUGUGGGCGCUGCUGGAGAGGAUGUUUGGGCGUACGAGGUACCGUCCUGCCUUCCUCACCUCGGCUGAGAGGCAGGAGCUGGUGGGCUUCGCCGCAGCCAGCAUGGUGCUGCUCAUCCAGAAGUCCCUGAGCGUGAUGGUGCUGGUGGUGGCGUUGGCCACGGUCAUGGUCGCGCUCCGGAUGAAAGCUGUCCUGGCCCUUCCCAACUUGGUGGCCUUUGCUGUCAUCACUGGCGUGCUGUUCUUCAAGUCCCUGAGCGUCAACACUAACCCAUUCGCCCUCGCAUGCUUCUUCGGCCAGCUCAUCUGUGACCCCCUGCUGGAUGUGUACUUCAGCGGCCUCUCUGUGACUGAGCGCUGGCAGCCUUUUCUGGUGUGGAAGGGCCUGUGGCGCCGCCUGUCCCUCCUGCCUCUGCUGGUGGUGGAGGCGACCUUCAUCAUCCUAGCUGCCCACAAGCUGGAUAAGUGGUACCUGACAGUCCUGGCCUUUGCUGUGUGUGUGCCCUUCUGGAUCUUUUGCCACAUGGUGUUGGUCAUUACUGUGUGGGGCUUUCACACCAAGCUCAGCGACUGCCAGCGGUUGUGCUUGGCAGAGGUCAGCAGCCUGGACAAAGUGAUGGCCUCAAAGGGCAUGAGGCAUUUCAGCCUCAUCUCCGAACAGCUCGCCGCCUUCACGCUGUCGUCAACUGUUGCUGUUGCUGCUCUUUGCUGGCAGGGCUCCAGCAGUACCUUUGUGAGCAUGUUUCUACUCGUUCUGCCCCUUGAGUCUCUGUUCCACGGACUCUUCUACGAGCUUGGGAGCAGCCUCGGAGGAACCAGUGUGGGUUAUGCAGUAGUCAUCCCCACCAACUACUGCAGUCCUGAUGGUCAGCCUAUGCUGCUGCCUCCAAGUCAGGUGCAUGAGCUGAACAAGCGCUCUACAGGUAUGUUGAGUAAUGUGCAACGUUUCUUCGCCCACCACCUGAUUGAGAACUUUGGCUGCGACUAUUCCACCAGCGGGGUGACCCUGGAAGCUCUGCAGGCCAAGAUCAAAUCCUUUUUCGAGCUCCGCACAGCAGAUGGGCCUCGCCAUGACACAUAUGUGAUCUACUACAGCGGUCACACACACCGCACAGGAGAGUGGGCGCUGGCAGGAGGAGACACUCUUCGCCUGGACCAGCUGGUGGAGUGGUGGAGGGAGAAGAACGGCAGCUUGUGUUCACGCCUCAUCGUGGUGCUGGACUGUGACAACUCGUUGCCGUGGGUCAACGACAUCAGGAACGUGGAAGGUCUGUACAUAGCCGUGCAGGGAGCAACACUAGCCAGGGUGACCGACCCUGAGCUCCAGGACCCCCCUCAGCUCGGAGACUUCACCGCUCAGUGGGUGGAGUACAACUGCAACUCGAACAGCAACAUCCAGUGGUCAGGGAGGGACAGGGCGGUCACUGCCAUCUACGGCAUCUCCAAGCACUGGAGCGACUACAAACUGCAUCUGCCAACAGGAAGCGACGUCACCAAUCACUGGAGCAUGUACUUCCCCCGGAUCACCUACCCGGUGGUCCACUUGGCACAGUGGACAGGCGGCCGGAACCAGAUGUCCAUCUGCGACAUCUGUCUGCGAUGUCUCAAGAGAAUCAAGCUCAACUGGUUUCCACCAGCCAUACUGGACACAGGGCAAGGCUUCAAACUGGUCAGAUCGUAGGUGUGCGAGCGAGGGCUGUUUCUAUGUGUAGAAUAUAUUUCACACAGAAUAUUUCCUAAAAAUGAGUUUCUCUGAAAAUGGGCAGCUAUUGGAUUGUAAACUCAUCUCUAACCAGCACUCUGAGUCACUUAAAAAUGAACCUGUUACUGAAGGGGGCAUUGAAAUUUGUAGCCUUUUAAGUACACAUUUUUAUAUUCCUUAAAGAGUUGAGUGUGUGUGUGUGUGUGUGUUUUUAGAUUUGACUUGCAGGUCUCAUCCUGUACUUUCCUUGACAGACAGACAUGACCGUUGUGGGGACGAGACUGAGCACAUUCACACUAUUUUACAAAGGUUAUGUUAUUUCCUGUUAGAUCUGAUUCCACCUUGAAUAUACUGUAUGUACAGUCACGUUGUGCCUUUUACCCGAAAAUCACCAAACUCCCUCGGCCUACCUCCUUCAUUCUAAACCAAAGUGGCCGUGGUACAUUUUCAGACGAAGAUCUCAGGCGUUUUGUAAGUUGUCGGUUCCUAGAGUUCCAAAUCUGGCGGUAUUCUGUUUUGAUGAAAUGAUUCCUUCACUACUUCUCUCUGUGUUUGACACUCAUUGCUUAUCGUAGGCUUGAACGCAUUGCUUUUUGUCUGUUCUAACACUCUUUAACGUACUUUAAAUCCUCUCCAGCUGCUACAGGGAGACACGGAAGUGUUUUGAAAACUGUUCUGAUGAAUGCACUAAAUGCAGAUAUGUACGGGAAAUGCAGUGAGAAUUAUAUGCAUUUUUUUCCUCUUGUUCGUUUCAGUUUACCCUCACUAGGCUAUGCAGCUUUAUUCUAAUCACUCCAAAGUGUUUGCAAAGGGAUUCGUGGUAAGAAAACCAGGUGAAAGAUGAAACUAUGCAAUAAAAAAAAAAGAAGUGAAACGUU